GAACUUUUGAUAAAAUUGAAGUGAAGUUGGACAAUGAAACAAUUCCUUUGAAUCAGGUUGCCUCCAUAGUGCAGAAGGGUCCUUCAUUGAUUGUACUCAAUCUCAGUCAAAAUAUCAAGUUUGUACCAGCAGUUAUGUCAGCAUUACAAAGUUCAGGGAUGAAUCUAAAUCCACAACAAGAAGGUCCAUCAACAAUCUAUGUUAAUAUACCCAAGGUUUCAAGGGAUCAUAGGGAAGAACUAGCUAAAGGUGCUAAAACAAUUUUUAAUAAUACGAAAGAAAAAUUGGACAAACUGUUUGCAGAAACAAUGAAGAAGGUUAACAAGACGAAAUCAACUGAAAUUAAAAAAACAAUAGAGAGUAAGUUACUUCAGGACAAGAGGAAAAUACAAGCUGAUGCAGAAGCAUUGAUGAAAGCAAAACAAAAAGAAUUACUUGACUCUUGAUAUUAACUUAUAAGUAAUGAUUUCAAAUUCAAAGGGUUAUAUAGUGUAUUAAAACUGCAUAAAUACUGUGUACUGGCUAGAUAUGAUUUUUUACUGAAAGGGACUCUAUUGAGGUGUUUUAAUAUGACUGGACUGGAAAUAUUUUUAGAGAGAUUUAUAUACAAAUUAUUGUGGGUCUGAGACAAUAACUUGUGUGCAAAUUUUCAAACCAUUCCCUCAACUGACUUUUACCAGAAUGAGCAUUUGUAUAACUCUUUCAAAUCAGCUAAAAAUUGCACAAACUAUUGAUAAUGUUGUUGUUUUUUUUUUUGUUUAAUUUGAUGUAGGUAAAAAUUUCAAAUUCUUUAUUUUAAGGUUUCUUGAUCUACGUCCUUUAAUGAACUUGCUUUUUAAUUAAAUUUGUAAUAUACAGUGUAAUAAAAAUGGUUAAAAUGA